CUUUUUUGCAAAAAUAAACAAAUGAACUUUCUUCAAACUCCAAAUCGGGCAUAGUCGCAUUUGCUCUGCAUCUCCUUCCUCCGCCCGAAACCAUCCAACAAAAGCAGCAUUUUGAAGUUUUAUCACCACCUCUAGUCGGCGGCGCCUCUGUCAACCACCACUCCUCUGCGGCUGCUUUUCUCAAGAGAGCUAGAAGUUACUGAUGGCUACUAGAGUGAUCUCUCAAAUCAGAAAACUUCCCCUUGUGAAUGCACUGAGGCAGGCUAGCCAGCCAUCUGCUACUCCUGGCUCAUACAGCUCAAGAUGGACCAUGCCAUCUACUUCUGUGGGUCCCACUUUGAAGAAAACCAGUGGUCUUACUCCUGCAAUGGGGUCUCUAUUUAGAAAUUCGGGCUUAGGAUCAGUUACUGCACAUCCACGCUCUGGUUUUUCCGCGAGUAUUCCAAGUAUGUCAGUAUCUGUACGCUACAAUUCAACAUCAGGGAUAUACGCAAAUGUUAGGAAGAGGUUUACUAAAGAACGCAGAAACAGAGGAGAAAUAAAGGGGGUUUCGGAUAACGUUCUUUCUUUUGGUAAAUAUGCACUUCAGGCACUCGAACCAGCUUGGAUCACAUCUAAACAAAUCACAGCAGGACAGCUGGCAAUCAAGAGGAACAUGCGCGGUGGGAAGCUUUUCAUGCGUAUAUUUCCACACAAACCGAUUUCUCUAAGGCCCGCUGAAACCCGUAUGGGUCGAGGGAAAGGAAACAUAGCAUUUUGGGUUGCUGGUGUUAAAACUGGUAGAAUGAUUUAUGAAAUAAACGGAGUUCCGGAAAGUGUAGCGCGUAAAGCAAUCACAGUUGCAGCAUCGAAAUUUCCUCUGAGAACCAGGUUUGUCAAAUGUUAGGGUUAAAACAGGAGAUGGAUUCUCUUCCCCAUUGUUUGGACAGAUCUUGUCUCGUUUUUUUCGAAUAUUUGUACCUUUUCUACCAAGGAAACUUGCUGAAACAUACUCAGAAUUUUGAUAGGUUGGAUUACAAACUCUUUAUCUUUUGGUUUCAUAUGAGCAGUUCAGGUAGAUAGUUCAGCUUUUAUAUUACAGAUGAUAUCAGACUUCACCUAGCUGGUAGUUGAAGUGAUGUUUUGACUGUUAUUCAACUGUAUUUGGUUCGGCAUAAAACAUUUUCAAGAAAAUAAUGAUACUCCGUAACAUUUAUCUUUUA